UCAUGGCUAUUGGAUAAAGUUGACAUCGACUGACACUGAGGGAAUAAAUGAAUCUGGGACUCUCUUCCUGAUCUGAGACUUGAUCUCUCAAGCUUAAAGCAUCAGCACCCAUUGUGAUUUAAUUCUACUCUCUUACAUUUCACAAAGUCGCACGGAUUAUUUUUGACAAAAGUGAUCUGAUCUAGAGCGAUGGCACUGAUGAGCCCUUACUCGUGGACGGAGGAUCUGGGCUGUCCUCCAGGGGAAGGGAAGCCCAGGGCUGGGAUCACCGCUCACGAAUCUCCAGCCAGGAACAAAACUGAGCCCCGAAUCCGAAGACCCAUGAAUGCUUUCAUGGUCUGGGCAAAGGACGAGAGGAAGAAACUUGCGAUCCAGAACCCCGAUCUCCACAACGCAGAGCUCAGCAAAAUGCUCGGCAGAUCGUGGAAGGCGCUCGCUCCUGCACAGAAGAGACCUUUUGUGGAAGAAGCUGAAAGAUUACGAGUGCAGCACAUGCAGGAUCAUCCCAAUUACAAAUACAGACCUCGGAGGAAAAAGCAAAUCAAACGUCUGUGUAAACGUGUCGACCCGAGCUUCCUCCUCAACAACUUCCCCCAUGAUCAGCCACCUGUCCCCAGCGGCAGAGCCUAUAGGGGACGCCUGGAGGAAGAGGAGGAUAAAAGCUAUUCAUCGGCCUCAAGACUUCCUGUAAUCAGCAGAUUCAGGGAAACGCAGACCACAAACAACAGCUUUGACAACUAUGGGCUACCUACCCCUGAGAUGUCCCCUCUGGAUGUCAUCGAUGCUGAUCACAGCUUCUUUCCACCUCAAUGUCCAGAUGAUCCUCGUCCCCAGAUGACUGAAGGAACAUAUUGUUCAGAAUACGGUCAAAGUCCCAUCCAAUGUGGACACCUCAGUCAGAUCGCAAUCUCCCAGACUAGAUCUACCAUGAUGCAUCCUGUAACCAGCCGCCCACCUCCACCCUCCUAUUACAGCCGCAUCCACCAUCCUCCCUUCCAUUCUGUACAUGCAAAUACCUCUGUCCACCUUUCUCCCCCUCAUCAUCUAGAUAGCCUGGAACACAUCAGCCAAGCUGAGCUUUUAGGAGAAGUGGACCGCAAUGAGUUUGACCAAUACUUGAAUACCUCCAUUCGUUCAAAUCCGGAAGAGAUGGCAAUCAAUGAACAUUCAUCUGAAGACAAUCCAUCAGGAGGUACAGGUUCAGAGAGAAGCCUUAUAUCUGUUUUAGCAGAUGCUACUGCAGCCUAUUACAAUAACUACAGUGGCUCCUAGAGCAAACUCUUUCCAGUCAAAACAGUAUUAUUAACCACAGUUCUCUGGACAUGGACAUUUCCUCAGGGUGCCAAAACAAAUAAAUAAAGAUUUCCAUAAGUUAUUAAGUACUAAACAUCGUUGUUGUUUGCAGUAAAUUUUUACACUUUUAAAAUCAAAACGCUGCUUGAUUCUUAGAACAAUUCUUUUUCAUAUUGUAGGUUUAGUUUUUUUGUGCUUGUAAAGAGGCUCCAGCAAUGUAUUUAAAUAUUCACUGAUGACUUUAUUUUUCCUAUGUGUUUAUUAUUAGCCCCUGUAUUCAAAUGGUUGGCUUGAUAUAAAUGUGUUGCAUUCUAAGUAUGUAAGUAAUCUGGACUAACUGAUCUGUUAUCAAUUUAUUUUUUAAAUAAAUGCUCCAUGAAGUUUUAAUCCCA